AAGUCCACGGCCCAAUCUCCAUUCCAAACACACGCUGGCAGCAUCACCCUCUUCCACCUCGUGGUCAGCCAACCAGUUCCCAAAUUCCCCCCACUCGCGAGCCCUAACUCCGACCAGCCUCCCGGAUCCGAUCCCUCGCCUCGCCCCUUCUCGCCAGGAGCAGAGUCCACCCGCCCGGAUCGCGCAAUCGCCAUGGCGGAUGAGGAACCUGUUGACCCAAAGAAGUAUCUUGAGGACCGUUGCAAGCCACAAUGUGUAAAACCAUUUUAUGCUUAUGAGAAAUGUGUUAAGAGAGUCGAGGCUGACGAUACUGGGCACAAGCACUGCACUGGGCAAUAUUUUGACUAUUUGUCAUGCGUCGACAAGUGUGUAGCCUCAAAGCUCUUUGAAAAGCUCAAAUGAUGACUGGAUGCUACUUUCAGUGAGUGACCUGAUCAUUGGCCAUAACCUUGUCCAUUGAAAAGUUGAUGAGUCUGGAACCUGUCCUGUAAUCGUGUUUCUAUUUCCUGAACUUGUAAUAAGAGCCACUCUUUUGCAACCGUCGAUUUAUGUGGGCUAAGCACUGAUGAUGUCGAUAAUAA